UACUGUUCUCAACCUUUCCUCUUCCUCUGUCUCUGAACCCACUCUCACUCACUCACUGCUGCUGCAUCUGAACCAGCUGCUGCCCUCUCCAUCCCCUGAUAGUUGCUUCCGCGGUUCCGCCGGGAUCUGGCGAUGGAGGCGGUGGAAGACGCCACAACCCUGGAGGCCGCCAUUGGGUGGCUUGCAGACACCAUCCUUGCAAAUCUCCCAGACGGCGGCAAGCUGGAUUCUUGGAUACGGCAAGCUGGCCUCGGCAACGACAUCGGGAAGCUCAAGGCCGAGGUCGAGGCGGUGGAGAUGGUGAGUUCUGCUGUGCAGGGGAGGGCGGCCGGGAACAAGCCGCUGGCCCGAUCCCUCGCAGCCGUCAAGGAGCUGCUCUACGAUGCCGACGAUGCCGUCGACGAGCUGGACUGUUACAGGCUCCAGCAGCACCAGCUCCAGCCAGAGACACUGCUCCAAACGGAUGGAACGCAACAAACUGUUGAGAAUUCUAGAGAAAAUACUGAUGAUGUACAGGGUUGCGGCAAUAACAGGUUACGGUCCGAGGUAUGGGAUCAAUUUGAAAUCACAUCUUUUCUUGAACAAACCGGAGGGCCUUCGCCUUCGAGAGCAAGAUGCAAGCGCUGCCAAACAGAGCUUAUGUGCGGAACCAAGAAUGGGACAUCAGUUUUGCGCAAACAUCUCAUCACCAAAGGUUGUAGCAACAAACGUGGAGCAACUGACCCUUCUUCAAGCACUGCUGGUGCUACUACGAUUCCUACGCAUGUUGCAGCUGGUAAUUUGUCUAGCAGAAAAAGGAUGAGAAUCGAUCAGGAGUCAACACACAUCACCGCAGCUAACCCAAACGGUUGGAGUAAGGGUGCAUUUUCUGAAAGGAUACAAGACAUCACUAGUCAGCUGCAAGGGAAACACGGGGCUAUCACAAGGCUUCUCAAGAUACUUGGGCCAGACUCAGGUGUUGCAAGUUCUAAUCAUCACUGUCAUAUUACAAUCUCAGAUGCACGCCGAAGAACAUCAGCUCUUGUUCAAGGGAAAGUGUAUGGGAGAGCUCAAGAGAGGGGAUCCAUCAAAACGUUGAUAAAAAACACAGAUCAACUGAAGGUGUAACUGUUCUGCCUAUUGUAGGCAUAGGAGGAGUUGGGAAGACAACUCUCGCUCAGCUUGUAUACAAUGAUCCAGCUUUGGAAAGUCAGUUUGAUCACAAGAUAUGGAUUUGGGUGUCUAGCAACUUUGAUGAAAUGAGACUCACAAGAGAGAUGUUAGAUUACGUCUCACACGAAACACAUGAUGGCCUAUGCAGCUUUCCCAAGCUUCAGGAGGUCUUGAAGGGUCAUUUUAAAUCAA